CCAUGUUUCAUAUUAAGCAAGCGUGAAGUACAGAAGCUCAAGUUUGCGGUUAAAUUUGCUUUUGCAAGCUCAUUGUUGCAUAUCAAGCGUUCCUUGCUGUAUGUAGCGCAUUCAGUGUUGCAUAUCAAUGCGCCCCCUGCUACCCGUAGCAACUCCCUGUUAUUGUGCCAGCCACCUCCUGUUAUUGUGUUCAACGAACAGGCCCACCUUUCAUGUUCAGGUCUAUCGGACACAACAAGAGGAACUGCAUAAAUGCUGAUUUUUUUUGUGAAAGGCAUCCUGGAUGAAAUAAGAAGCAAAUUUGAUGGCAAUUUUUCCUCAGAUUGCUUGUCAGAGUUAUGGAUGGAAUUCCCACCUGGCCUCCAUCCACAGUGCCGAAGAAAAUGACUUCAUUUUUCACCUGAUGGGCAAGCCACUGAAUCACCUUGAAGGAGAGGCCUACUGGAUCGGUGGCCAUGACCUCUUUAAGGAGGGGACCUUUGUGUGGACAGAUGGUUCCACAUUUGAUUUCAAGACAUUUCCUCCCAAUCAGCCUGAUGGACCGUUAGGAGAACACUACCUUGGAUCCUGGAUUUUACAAAAUGGAUUUGUCACCUGGAAUGACUAUCGCCUUUCAUGGAAAUUCCCAUCUGUGUGCAAAUACAACUUGGAAAAUAGGGUGUCUUCAUCCGAAAAAUCUUCCUGCUCCUGUUCCUGCAACUGAUGGGAAAGCACUGGCAUGAAACAAGAGAAGACUUUACUGGCUGCUUUAGAAAAUACAUUGUAAUCUUGCUUCUUCCACUUUAGCUUGCAACUGUGCUUCUCUGUGCAUUGCUGGAGGGACUGCUCCCUUUGCUGGUGCUUUUUCAGGCCAAAACACCGGCUCUCUGUGACAGGGGCUCCUCUACAUGAACCGCAUAGUAUAUGUGCCCAGCUUCUCCUCACAGUAGUUUGCAGGUGCUGCACACGCGGUCUUCAUCUUCCAGGGCCUCUCCCUCUUUUUGCAAGCAUUUCCACAGCUUUCUUUAAAGUGAGGAAUGUCUGCUAUCUUCUGAAAAUCGCAGACUGAAAAGCUCCUGUGUUUUUGCAGUUCCAUCCUCCUGCAGUGCCACCUUGUGCUUGUGUAAUGGAACAUUUAGAAAGAGAAAGAAAGGAGGGCACAGGGAGCGGGGCGGUGAGAACCAGAAAAAAUAAUCACAUGUGAAAGCACCUAUCUUACUCCUGGAAAUCCAAAGCAGAAAGUUCAAAGCCUCAUGCAGAGAAGCCCAAGAAUAGAUUAACUUACAGCAUUAUAGAUGCCUUCAAAACUGUUCUGCGAUGUUCCUGAGAAGAACAAAAAUGCAAUACCCAUUGCACAAACACUAUUACUAUUUAUCAUGAAUACGGCAUGUCACUAUCUUGAGUUUGGCCUCACAACAACCUUAUAAGGCAGAUCACUACUUCCUCCCAUCUUGUAAAGAAGUAUUUGAUAGUAGGGGAAAUGCGUGAUUCGCCUGAUUCUAAGCAGGAAAACUCUAACAAAGGGGUCUUGAACAAAAGCCUUUAAAUGCAAUCCUUAAA